CCAUUGCAAACCCGCAACGUCAUGUCCGUCCCCGAAACCUAUCUAGCUUCCACCGUUAUUGGAGAGAAUCGAAAGAAUCGAGUGGAGCAACACCUCCCGUUGGAAUAUGGCAGGUUGCAUGACUAGGCCUCCGAGAUGGCGACGAGCAGUAGGAAUUUGAUGAACACCCACGACGGGGAGGGCUCGUCGUCUUCCUCGCGAUCGCCCCACGAAUCGAACGCCCCGAGCCGCGACCGAAGAGACGAGAUCGACGAUCUGUUCGAUAUCAAUGAUGACGACAUUCUAGACGACGAUCCCCUAGCCGAGGAACUGGCCGAGCCAGUUAGCUUCAAGAGGAAGCAGAAGCAGUCCGUCCUCUCACAGUCCAGUCGGUUCCUCUCCUCUCUGACCGGCAACCGCCUGGGUUCUACUUCGCCGCGCUCGCCACGUUCUGAGGCCGAGAUGCCCCCCGGACGACAGGGCUCCGGCUCGGAUCGGGUCGAGGGUGCCUCUGCCACGCUGGCCGGCCAUAAGGAGGGCGCGCCGCUGGACUGGUAUGUCGAAGGGCCCGGCCGGCGAGUAGGAUACGAGGACCUGACGGCUAUCGACUGGAUUUUCGAGUACACGAAAGAGCGACAACGUCUACGGGUCUUGUAUUCGAGCGCGACAGGCAUAAUCGGAUACAUACAACAGCUCCUCGACUCCAGCCAGGCAUGGGUCGUCCUCGUCUUGACGGGUGUCGCCGUGGGAGCGCUGGCAGCCAGUAUAGAUGUUGCCUCGGACUGGCUGGGGGAUAUCAAGGCGGGAUACUGCUCCUCGGGGCCGGAGGGAGGCGCGUUCUAUCUCAACAAGCAGUUCUGCUGCUACGGUUACGACCAAGGUGAUAAAUGUUUGGGGUGGAAGCCGUGGGCCGCGGCUCUGGGGAUAGGAUCUGUGGGUGGGAAAUGGGCUAUAGAAUACUUGUUUUAUCUGUUGUUCUCUGUAACAUUUGCGCUCUGCGCCGGAUUUUUGGUCAAGGAGUACGCGAUAUAUGCUAGGCACAGUGGUAUACCCGAGGUGAAGACGAUGUUGGGGGGGUUCGUGAUCCGGCGUUUCCUGGGUCCCUGGACGCUAGUCACAAAGUCGCUAGGAUUGUGCUUCGCUGUCGCAUCGGGCAUGUGGCUAGGCAAGGAAGGCCCCUUGGUACAUGUUGCCUGUUGUUGCUCCAGCAUUUUCAUCAAACUGUUCCCCAAUAUAAAUAAUAAUGAAGCACGGAAACGAGAGGUUUUGUCCGCGGCGGCAGCGUCAGGAAUCUCCGUCGCGUUUGGAUCGCCUAUAGGAGGCGUCUUGUUUAGUCUCGAGCAGCUCUCCUACUAUUUCGCCGACAAGACGAUGUGGCAGAGCUUCGUCUGCGCCAUGACCGCCGCGGUCGUGUUGCAAGCCUUCGAUCCGUUCCGAUCCGGCAAGCUCGUGCUGUUCCAGGUCAAGUUCAGCACCGGCUGGCACGACUUUGAAGUUAUCCCUUUCGCACUUCUCGGUAUUCUUGGCGGCCUCUACGGAGGUCUCUUCAUCAAAGCCAACAUGCGUGUGGCUCAAUGGAGGAAAUCUAACGCGUGGCUCCCAGGGGCUUUGACUCAGGUCGGCAUUGUGGCACUCUUGUCGGCCCUUAUAAACUACCCUAAUUUCUAUAUGCGAGCGCAGACUUCAGAGAUCGUGUCUUCGCUGUUCUCCGACUGCGCCCUCGUCCUCGACGACCCGUUUGGCCUCUGCAAGACAGGUGUGGCCACUGCCGGCACCGUUAUCCUGCUGUUAUUUGCCGCCGUGCUUGGUUUUUUCCUAGCGGCCGUUACCUUCGGCCUGCAGAUCCCGGCAGGUAUCAUAUUGCCCUCUAUGGCUAUCGGUGCCCUCUCUGGCCGGGCGGUGGGCAUCGCCAUGGAGAUCUGGCAGCGGAAUUAUCCGAAUUUUAUCAUGUUUAGUACCUGCGAGCCCAACAGUCCGUGUGUGACGCCGGGCGUGUAUGCCAUGAUUGGUGCAGCGGCCACGCUCGCGGGCGUCACGCGCAUGACGGUCUCUAUCGUAGUCAUCAUGUUCGAGUUGACCGGUGCGCUGACCUACGUGCUUCCUAUCAUGGUGGCCGUGAUGCUCUCGAAGUGGGUUGGGGAUGCCUUCUCGCGGCGGGGGAUCUACGACAGCUGGAUCCAUUUCAACGAAUAUCCGUUCCUAGACUCGGGCGACGACGGCGGCGGGGCGCAGAAUGUGCCCGACAUACCUGCGUCGCAGAUCAUGACACGCAUUGAGGACCUGGUGGUGCUGACGGCGACGGGCCAUACGAUCGCCAGCCUGCGCGGCGUGCUCGAGAGCUGCGAUUACCGCGGGUUCCCCGUUGUCAGCGACCCGCGCGACGCGAUCCUGCUCGGCUAUAUCAGCCGGGCGGAGCUCGCGUACAACCUGGCGGCGGGGUCGAAGCCGCCGCGCAACCUGCCUCCGGAGACGGAGACCUUCUUCUCGCACCAACCGCUGGCGGACCCCCGAGCGACGCUGGACCUGCGGCCGUGGAUGGACCAGACACCGCUGACGCUGCCGAGCCGCAGCAGCCUACACCUCGCGCUGUCGUACUUCCAGAAGCUAGGCGUGCGCUACGUGCUCUUCAGCGACCGCGGCGUCCUACAGGGGCUCCUGACUAAGAAGGACUGCUGGUACGUGCUCAACGGCGUCUCGUCGCCGCGCGUGCUGGGGGCCGCGAGAGGGGCGGGCGGCAGCGGCGGCGCCAGUGGCAGUGCGCGCGACGACGAAGAAGGCGACGACAGCGAUGUGGCCGGCGAGCGCGGGGGCCUGCUAGCGGACGACGACGACGACUUCUCGAUGGGGCAGAGGACGCCGCUGGGCGAGCGGAGCGGCGGGAUGCUGUAGAGGGAGGGUCUCCAUC